UAAAAUAAAGUGGCUCGCUUUCAUAUAUCGUAAAUUAUACCAAAUAAGACAAAAUUCGAUUUUUCGCUAUCGCAUCGGCUCCCCGCUUACUAAUAUCUACUAACUUAUCUUAUCACUUACACUUAACAUUACGCGGCAGGCAACAUUAAUCAGUCGUAAUCCAGUAAGUGGAACAGAAAGAUGCGUUUGUUGUGUCUCAAAUUUGCUAUUCUAUCGCUAACAUGUCUAAGCCUAACAGCCGUACAUGGCCACGGCGAUGACGAAUUUCUUUAUGGUACGUUUCCGGAGGGUUUCAUGUGGGGUCUAGCAACAUCGGCCUAUCAGAUUGAGGGAGGAUGGGAAGCUGACGGAAAGGGUCCAAAUACUUGGGACUUUUGGUCGCAUCAAAAUGGGGGAGCGAAUAUUGACGAUUCUAAAAAUGGAGAUGUGGCGUGUGAUUCAUACAAUAAAUAUUUAGACGAUGUCAGGCUUCUUAAAAGCAUGGGAGCCGACUUCUAUCGCUUUUCUUUAUCCUGGUCUCGAAUUGUUCCAACCGGUCGAGUGGCAGAUGGAGUAAGUCUCCCUGGGAUUGACUACUACAACCGACUUAUCGACGCUCUGCUAGCAGAAGAUAUAGUCCCGUUCAUUACACUUUAUCACUGGGACACACCACUAGGAGUUCAAAAUGAUGGCGGCUGGCUGAACGAUACAAUUGUUGAUCAUUUUGCUGACUAUGCUAGAGUAACCUACGAGGCGUUCGGAGAUCGAGUCAAGUGGUGGUUGACCUUCAAUGAACCUCACGUUUUUUGUCUGGCUAACUGGAAUUACGGAGAACAGGACCCAUUCGAACAACCACCAAGGCAACAGUAUAUCUGCGCUCACAAUGUUGUAAAAUCUCAUGCAAAGGCAUGGAGAAUAUACGAUGAAGAAUAUAGACAGACGCAGCAGGGAAAAAUGGGAAUCACUUUAAAUUGCGAUUGGUCAGAGCCGAAAGAUCGAAGCGAUCCAGAGCAUCUGGAGGCAAUGGAGAGAUCGGUUCAAUUUCGAUAUGGCUGGUGGGCCAAUCCACUUACGAGAGGCGAAUAUCCAAAAGUUAUGAGAGAUCUGGUAGAUGCUAAAAGUGAACCGGGACAAUCGAGACUACCCACAUUUGAUCCUGAGUGGACACGGAUUAUUAAUGGAACUUUGGAUUUUCUUGGUCUAAACCACUACAGCACCCAUUACGUUUUACCGUCGGAUGGCACAAAUCGUGGACUUGACGGUGACGCCAACAUACGAACCGAAGGUGAUUCAUCGUGGGAUCGUAAUGGUAUUGGUUGGUCUGUUGUGCCGUCGGGCUUUAGAAAUAUCAUAACGUGGGUGUCGAAGCAAUACUCGUUGCCAGUCUAUAUUACUGAGAACGGAUACGGUGGCAGUGAGGACGAAAAGUUAGACGAUACUGGUCGUCAAAACUAUUACAGACUGUAUAUCAAUGAAGUUCUCAAAGCAAUUGAGUGUGAUGGAGCUGACGUCAGGUCAUACACUGCUUGGUCUCUGAUGGACAAUUAUGAAUGGACAAUGGGAUACACUGCACGGUUUGGUGUUCAUUAUGUUGACUUUGAAGAUGCUAACAGAACUAGAACUCCGAAAGAGUCAGCACUUCAACUGACAAAAAUCUUUGCCGAAAACGGAUUUCCACAACCGUCUUCAGCAGUGAGUGGUUUACCAAAUCUAUUCAUUCUCUUCAUUGGUUUGGUCCCGUAUGUUCUCUACUUUUUUAAUCGACCAACUAAUUGAAUGUUCAAAAGUAGUUGACUGGAUGGGAAAUACAAAAAUUUUAAUAGGACAAUACCACAGAAUUCUCUUCAAUACGAAUCGUCUAAGCAACAUGCGUUGAAUGCAUGAUACCUACUUUGACAAAGUGAGAUAGCACAGCCCAAUUUUGAAGAGUUUUUUUAUUUCCACAUUUUCGGUUUCGAGAGAAAUAAUGUUUUGGCUUGUAAAAUACGA